GUCAAUUCAUUGUCAAACUCUCAGCAAAUGUCAUUGCGUUAAGAAAAUGGUGUAAUGUUUUUGCUAGAUUAAAUUUUAAUUUUCGGUGAUGGAGUCUAUCAAUUCCGACGCCGACAGCGGCGAUAAUUGUAACAUAAACGGCGACUGUUCACCCCUAGCGGAAAAGCCAGCCUUUGAUUUGAAUCACACCAAAAAUAUUGAUGACAUAUCUUCGCCUUCAGAAUUGAAAUUCGAUAAAGACGAAGAAAUUGAGGACCCGGAAAUAACAGAAAAACGAAAGCACAUAGAGACAUGCAUCGCCAACCCUGACGUAGUGCGUCUAGACCAGUGGAAAGAGUUUGCUACCAGCAAAGCUGGACUUAUUUGUGAUGAGUAUAGAAGAGUAAUAUGGCCGCUGUUAGUAGGUGUUACAAAAGAGGAAAUGACAGAUCCACCGUCUUUGGAUGAACUCUCAACACAUCAAGAAUACAGCCAGGUGGUGUUGGACGUCAACCGCUCACUAAAAAGGUUUCCUCCGGGAAUCCCCUACGAGCAGAGGGUGGCAUUACAGGACCAACUCACAGUCCUCAUAUUGCGUGUCAUCAUCAAAUAUCCACAUUUGAAAUAUUAUCAGGGGUACCACGACGUGGCGAUAACGUUGCUGCUGGUGUGCGGCGACCGCGCCUCGUUCCCGCUGCUGUGCCGGCUGUCGCGCGGGCCCGGCGCCCCGCUGGCGCCCUUCAUGCAGCUCACCAUGCAGCCCACGCAGCACCUGCUCAACUACAUGCUGCCCGUCAUCGCCAGGGCCGAGAGGAGCGUGGCCGACUGUCUGGAGAAAGCGGGCGUGGGAACAAUGUUCGCGCUGCCGUGGUACCUGACCUGGUUCGGCCACAGUCUCAACCGCUACUCCGACGUGGUCAGACUGUACGACUACUUCCUCUGCGCACCGCCGCUGUUCCCUGUAUAUGUCACCGCGGCCAUAGUGCUGUACAGAGCCGAGGAGAUCUACAUCUGUGACUGUGAUAUGGCUAUGUUGCACUGUCUGCUGUCCAGGUUACCAGAUGACUUGCCGUUCGAAGACAUUCUGGUGACCGCCAAGAAGUUAUACGAAGAGAACGACCCCGAAGACCUCGAGGCAGAGGUCUACGCGCUGGAGAGGAGAGAGGAAGAGCAGCGUCGCGAAGAGGAAGAAGCGCGCGUGCGUCGGCGCGAGGUGGCGGCGCGCGCGGCCGCGUCGCUGCCCGCGCGGCUGCGGCGCUGCGUGCCGCGCGCGCUGCGCUGGCCGCUCAGCAAGGGCACCGUCCUCGCCGCAGCCACCGUGCUCAUCGGCGUCUACGUCUACUACCGCCCCGAUCUCGUGUUCAACAGAAAACUCCGUGUACUGCGACCGCGUAAGGCGCUCACGUGAAACGACAUCCUAUUAGAAAAAUGGCUGUCAAAAUCCUUCUACUUGUGUUAUGGCUCCAUCGUUCGCCAUAUUGAUAUUUUUGCCUACGUCAAGGUCGUCUUCUACAUGGGUGUAGUUAAAAAAAGAUUUGAUCAAUAUAGCACUGUUGUCAACUCAUGCAUGUUGUUCAGUGUAUAACCUUUACAAACCCACCACCAAGAAAACAAACGUUAUAGCUUAUACAGAGAGGUUAAUAAGUGAAAUAUCGCGAUUUAAUUUUUUAUUAAAAUUGUAUUUCAGUAUUGCAUCCCGAAAGGUAAAAUGUAGCGGUACUAUUUUCUAUCUAUAUAAAAUCACUGUGUUACCUACAUUUGUAAUAAAUGAUUUGAUUUUGUACAUUUAUGUUUGGUCGUAGCACAGUGAUGUUGAUAAAUGUUCUGAAAUCUGUAAAUAUCACACUUGACUGUGUUAAAUAAAAUAAGCAUUCGAGGUUUAGACUUAUUAAAAGCUAAGCAUAUGGAUCGAUAAACCGUUGUUGAAAUACACAGAAACACAUUUACGGCCUUAUUGCGUAGGAAUAGGAUUCAAAGUCGUAAUGUCUUUCUCUUGAUGUAUGUCCGAAUGUGUAGUUGAUGUAUGUUUUAUUUAAUUAUAUAUUAUUUGAUAAAUUGUGAUAUUAUUUUGUUACUAUUGUGUAGGUAGGCGAACGUGUUGAUUCAUUCCUUAUACAGUAGGGCAAACGCAAAAAUUCUUGUAACGAUAACGGUAGUAACCGUAUUUGCUACGACUAUAACCUGGAAGAUUACUCUUUAGAAAAAAUAACAGUAAUAAGAUUCAUUUUUAAGUGAUACAAUUCUAGGAGGAAAUAGAUAUAGAUAGAAAGCCAGGCGGCCAGCCAGUUGUCCUUCUCUAAUUAGCUCCUCUUGAAGAGUCAGUCCAGUAAUCAGUCAGGAUAUAUAUAUUGUUCAUGAGUAAAUACGGUUACCAUAAUUAAAACUAGAUUUUUACGCGCUUAUGUAAUGUAUAUAGGUGACAACGUACCUAUAAACUACGAAGGGCUUUGUACAGAAAAUAAUAAUAUAUCAAAUUAUAUUAAGUUAAUUGGUUCACAAAAUUAAAAGGCGAAACAACACACUUAAAGAUUAGACCUGUCAUUAAUAAAAAAAAAUGCUUUAAGCUUAACGUAUGUUUUGUAUCUAUCGCAUUUUAACAUAGAACGAAACAAAACAUACGUUAUCGUAAUGUAUGCUUUAUCUUUUUUUAUUAAUAAUAAGGUAAAUAUUUAUGAAAUAUAUUAUUUUGCAUAAGAAUAUUAACUAUGUUUUAAUAAAAUGUUCGUUGGAGAAUUCCUAGCAUUUAUUAUGUUUAUUGUUUUUUUUUUUAAAUAUAAUGCGUUCCAUUAUCGUAUCAUUUUUCCAUCAAAAUUAUUUUUAACGAACGAAUAUUUGAUUGGGAAUACAAUUUUUGGGGAUAAUGGUUUGAUAAUGUGUCGCUCGCUAUUAAAGCUUUGUAAAUAUACUAUAAAUAAUACUAUAACUGUUAAAUUAUGAUAUCUAUUUUAAGAUAAAAUUUGCAAAAAAUUGGUUUUUAUUGUCCCAAAUUUUGUGAGUAGAAAAUAGUAGCAGACUGUAAUCUUAAGUUUAAUUUUGCAUAUGUCAUUACAAUCGUUUUAUUGUAUUAUUUGUUUUGUUUAAAUAUUUUUAUUUCAUUUAUUGAAAUUGUGAUUUUAAGAUCUUCGAGAGUUGUAAAAUUUGUUAACUAUUGGAUAAAUAUAGGCAUUUUAGAAGUUAUUACUAUAAACCUUAAAACAUUAUUGUAAAGUAACUCAUUUUUGACCGUAGACAGAGAAAACAAUAGAGCUCUUACGGUACUGGAAAUACACGAGAAGUGGGACGGAGCGCUAAUAUAUUUUAUCUCACAUCGUGUGUUGGCUUUUACAUGCCAGUGUCCAGCCUACCGCGUAGUAAGUACAGUGUAGGCGCAAUAUGAAAUGGUUCUAUCUCAUGUGGUCUAUGGUAGGCUCCGUCUACGGUUAUGAUACGAUUUAUCUUGCAAUCAAAAUCUUCUCAAAUUUAUUUUAUUUAUGUUAUUGUAAUUAAUAUUUAUUUAUAGAAUCAGUGUCUGCGACACUUGAUUCGGUGAAUUAUUGUAAAAGAAUAAAAUGAACAUUAUGUCGUAGACCAUAAGAAUCAAAAUUCAAUUUUAAAAUGCCCUAGAGUUUGAUGUAAAUUAGUAUUAAAUGAAGCUUUAUGUACUUGGGCUAUGUAUAACCUUUAUUUGUAAGUUUACAAGUUUGUACGUCUUUUGUAUGGUGUUAAACAUGGCUAACCAGCCUAGGCGCGUAGACAAUCAUAGAGUUGGCCAAAGUGUGAAGUGAGAGUUAAUUAUAAUGUUUAUUACCA